AUGUUUAAAAUAAAGAGACUCUCAAAUUCUUUCGAGAAAAAGCUACUUGAGUUCUUUAUGAACUGGAAAAAGAGCACUUAUAAUUUCAAAUUUUGGAAAUCGAAUUUAAACUUUAUGUAUUAAUGUAAUUUUGGAUUAUAUUAGAUAAUACAAUUAUGAAAAAGACUCAGAAGAAACGAGGAAUCUGCUAAUUUAAUAGGAAUUGUAAGUCUUAUAAUCAAUAUGCAAAUUCAAAAUGUUGAAUCAUAAUAAAUGUGAUUAAUAGGAUUAACAAAGAAAUUUUUCAAUCUUGUAAUUAGAAGUAGAACAAUUUACUACUUGUAUAAUUCAAAUUCAUAUUAGUGGUUUUACAGGGAGAAUUAAGAGAUAAAAUUAAUUUUAAUAACCGAAAAUCUGAACUUCUAAUGGAAAUAUAUUCUGCAUUGGAGGAAGUUUAAGCUAGUUCUAAUAUGAUCUUCUUAGAAUAUAAGUUAUAGUAAUUGGAAGUAAAAUAAUAUUAACAAUAGAUAUUAGGUUUAGUUAAGGGAUAGUUGAGCAAUUAAUACAUUGAUCAAAUUUGUAAAUUGUAUCAUCACAAAGAAUUUUUGUUUGCUUUAGAACAAACUUAUUAUGAAAUGCUGAAAUAGAGAAUAUUCAAUAGUAAUUUUUAAAAAAUAGCAAAAUGUUUAUACAUUAUACAACCAAAUUGUUAGCUUUAUGAAAUAAUUAGAGAUUUGAACGAGAAGAGUGACGAUGAAUAAAUAGAAAAGACUGUAAAUUUAAAUCUUAUUUUAGUUCCAUUUAACGGCCAUAGAGAUAGCAAUUAAGGAAGGAUAUUAGCAUUCAUUAAAGUUUCAUCUAGAAUAAUGUUUAUACCAUAGUUGGAGUUAAGAACAAAAAGAUAUUUUAAUAGAAAGUUGCUUAAAGUUGUCAAAGCAAUUCUAGGAAAGAGAUCGAUUAUAUAAAGUACUUUAGGAUAUGAAAUAGUUGUGA